AUGGAGGAUUCUCAGUACUUGAUGUGGAUAAAGAGAAAACAAAUCUUGAAGUCACAUAUUCAAGAACCCUUUGGAGCCAGCAACAACAACAACUCAUCAUGGGAGGAAAGAGCUUUUGCAGAAGAUGCUGCUAGGAUACUUGGUGGGUGUAUAUGGCCUCCAAGAUCUUAUUCAUGUAAUUUCUGUAAAAGAGAGUUUAGGUCUGCUCAAGCUCUAGGGGGCCACAUGAAUGUGCACAGGAGGGACAGGGCUAGGCUCAAACAAAGUCUUACCCCACAUGAUGAAGCCCUUCAUCAUCAUCAUCAUCACAAAAAUGAUUUUACAACAACAAGCAAAGUCUCAACUAUAUCCCCCCAAGAAAAUUGUUGUCAACCUAUCAUGUCUCCUUUUUCUUCUUCAAUUGGCUGGGGACACCACCACAUGGGGUCUCCUGAUUCAGAUCCAAAAGGGGUAGUCAAAGCAAGGGAAGAAUGUUUGAAAGGUUUUGGUUGUAAUGAUUAUGUUGAAACAAGUUUGUGUGUUGGGCAAAGUUCAGUGUUUGGCCAAAAAUUACCGAGUGAUGAUUCAUGUGGGGACGAAGCCUUCAGUUAUAAAAAACCAAAGACUUCUAUUUCUUCUUUGCCCGUCUUCCUCAAGCCAUGUUCAAAUGAUAGACUCCUAACUUUCCAGUCUGCAGAAUUUGUACUUGGACUUAAGCCUGGAAAGGAAGACUUGGACCUUGAACUCAGGCUUGGGAAACCACAGAAAGUUAUUUAG